GAGCGUAGUGGUGGUAGUGCGCAUUCAGCGUGUAAAGCAGUGUAAAGUGCGCACACGGUCAGUUGAACCAUAUCUCAUCGUUUACUAUUCCGAUUUUAUUAUUGGUGAAUAACUAUAUAUUGUGACAAUUAGACAAUAAUUAGAACUGAUAACGUUGCCCCCUUCAAAACUGUGACUCGUGGGUAAUACGUGUUAAGUCAUCGCGUAUGUACUGCGUUAAAGCGGUGUAAUGGCCGAAGCCGAGGGCAAAAAGUUAGUUGAGCUACGUGUGAUUGAUCUCAAAACGGAGUUGGAAAGACGAGGAUUAGACAAGACCGGCAACAAAGCAGCCCUCCUUGAGCGUCUCUCUAAGGCGAUCACUGAAGAUGGUGGUAAACCAGAUGAAUAUUUGAUCGUACCUAGCAUUGGCUCCAACAAAACAACUCCAAGGAAAAACAGUGUAACUGGCAGUUCAAAUCAAGAAGAAUGUUCCGGAGGAUCUGAGAAUCGAAAAACCGAAAAUCAGGAGAAUCAAGUUAACCAAACAGAUAUGAAGAUCAAAGAAGAAACACCCCUUGUAGUUGGUGAAGAAAGUCUUCAGGUACCAAAGAAAGAAAUGGAAGAGGAGCCUGAGAUAAAAGACGAAGUGGAUACGAAAAAAGAGCAGAUGGUUGAACCGAAAGAUGUUAAAAAUGAAGUUGAUAACAAUCAAGAGGACAAGAAUGACAUUGAGAAAAUCGUGAAAUCAGAGCCAAGUCCUUCCGCUGCUCCAGUUAAUCCCACAGUUGUAGAAACCAAUGGAAUCGACAAUGAGGACUCAAUUAAUCUGACGAUAGGUGAAGAUGAAGAAAAUCUCCUGGCCGAAGAGACGGAAACUCAUGAUAGGCAGAAGGAUGGAGGCGAGAAGAGAACCGAAGAGAACAAGAAGGGAGACUCUAAAGGUAGCAGCGGUAGAGCCGAAGGUGCAGCUGGCAAGGAUGGCGUCAACGGUCUGAAGAGCAAGCAGGAUGGAGGCGAAGGAAGCAGGAGCUCCGACUCUACUUUCAAGGGCCACAAGAGAGAUGACAAAGACAAGAAGACAUCGCCAACUAGUUCAGUGAAUGCCAGCAGCCGGAAUUUGUGGGUAUCUGGAUUAUCAUCGACCACUCGUGCUACAGACUUGAAGCAAGUUUUCUCCAAAUAUGGAAAAGUAAUAGGUGCUAAAGUCGUCACAAAUGCGAGGACUCCUGGAGCUCGUUGUUAUGGAUAUGUCACAAUGUCCACCAGUGAAGACGCAGCCGUAUGUAUUCAACAUUUGCACAGAACAGAGCUUCAUGGACGAGUCAUUUCUGUGGAGAAGGCUAAAGGAGAUUCACAGCAAAGUCACAUGCGCAAACGUGAUUCGAACAGCGUGAAGUCGGACAAGAAAGAUGAGAAGGACAAAUUGAAAGAAAAUUCGGAAAUCUGUGACAAGAAAGAUAAGGACAGCAAGCAAGGAUCUGAAGAAAAAGCUGCCGAAUCGACCACAAAGAAAGCGGACGAAAAAUCCGACGCCCCUGAGGAAAAGAGAACGGAAGUUGCGGAGAAAAAAGAAGAAUCCGUCAAAGACUCUGACGUACUUUCGAAUAAAUCUACAAGCAAGAAACCCGAAAGCGACCGAGGCAAACGGAGCAGUGAUAAGCGAGUUCGUUCCUGGGAACAUCAUCGAUCCCACUCGCGUUCCCGCAGUCGGGAACGCCGGAGACGUGACGACGUACUGACAUUCGAUAAAAUUCGGGAUGAAAGGGAACGCCAGAGGUUACGUGAAAAGGAGAGAAUGUUCCGUGAAGAGGCGCGCAGGCGAAGGGAGGACAUGGAAAGACAGCGGGAGAUCGAACGAAGGCAAAGAGAAGAAGCGGCACGUCUGGAAAGAGAACGUGAGAAGCUACGCCGCGAAAGGGAGAGAAUCGAGCAAGAAAAAGCAGAGCUUCUGCGUUUGGAAAGAGAGCGCCAGAAGGUGGAAAGAGAGAAGCUAGAACGGGAACGGCUUGAAUUAAAGAGGCAGCAAAUGCGUUUGGAAGAGAGUCGACGACCACCACCACCGCCAUCCAUCAAAAGAACAUCCAGUGACAGAAGAGAUCCAAGAGAUUUGUAUCCAGAGCCAGAAAGAAAGCGCAUCGCAUCUGAACAUAGUAGACGACAUAGUCCUGAAAGAGUUUCUGACAGACGUGCAGAUAUUUUGGAAAGAGUUUCCGACAGACGGUUAGACCCGUCACCUACUUCUAGAUAUGAAUCGAACAGAUCGACUCAGGAUCUUAACCUUAAAAAGGACUUCAAAAGAAACAGCGAUUUUCCAUCCCGCAGUAGCCGUCCAGAUGUAUUUCCUGAAGUAACUAGAGGGAGAGAAGUAAUUGUACGGCGUGAGACGAUUCCUGCACCUUCUUCGUCCAUCGAUCCUCGACAAGUGAAAGACAGUAGGUACGAAAGAACCGCGUCAAGCACGUAUGGAAGAGAUCGGGAAAUUCGCCGAUCGGAAACAGAGUCCCAUAGAAGUACACGAGAAGGUCACACACGCUACACCGAAAGCACCAAACCCCCUGGAUCUACCGCUCCUCGUGAAAGUCGAUACACUGAAAGUAGCCGAUCAGCUGGUGGAUGGCACGCAGGACCUCCGUCGACCAAAUCUUUUAAUUCGGUGCCAAGCAGUGGACCACGCGAUCCCCGAAAUGAAAUAUCUGGAUGGAGUAGCCGUUCUUCUGAAACUGUGAACAGAUGGGGAAGUUCUGCGAGUAUCGGAAGCACAAUGCGACACCCGGGUCCACCCUUGUAUCAGGGUGGGCCCAUGCCAUCGCUGGGUCUGGCGCCGCCUGGAACGGGUCCAUCCUACGAUAGAUUCGACCCUUACAAAUCCUCGAUGCCGAGCAUGAGAAAAUAUUAAUAUUAGUUUAUAAAUAAACGAAAGAGCAUCGCUGAGUGACCUAUGAAUGUAAGGUCAAGUAAUAAAAUCUUAAAAUUAGUUUGAUACAGUGAAUGGUGAACAAAAAUAACAAUUGAUUCUAACUUAUGACAGAGUUGUGUUAAAAGCAAACGCUAUUUUGGGUCUCAAUACAAAGAAGAAGAAAAAAAUAUACAUAUAUAAUUGAUCGCUUGGCAAGCCUUUCUGCCUUUCCAGUGCUUGUUUCGAUGAAUAACUAAUUCUAAAAUAUGAAUAUCACACGCUGAUCAUAACGCUUACAUGUUGCUAUUGUUGAAUCGUUUGAAAAACUAUAAAUAAUAUAUUACAAGUUUGCUCAGCUGUUGAUGAUACCGUCGUUCGUACGGAUGGCAAUUUAGUAAUACCGAGUCUGUUGUCUAAUUAUGAGCCGGUGUUCUAGUGUGCGUGUGUGCCUGAAAGAAAAUGAGAAGGUGAUAUCUUUGGCUGAAUAAUGGAUGGAAAAUAGCGACAACAAUACUGUAGCAGUUUGAAAGGAGUUGGCGAACGAACAGAAAUAUGGUGAAGCAAACUGGUGAUCAAGUUGAAAGCUAAUACCUAAUUAAAGAAUAAUUGUGAAUAAUAUGAUCUUAGAUAUUGAUUUGAUAAAAUAUAAUAGUUAUGUACAAUUACAUAAAUAAGUUCCCGCGAUUAACUUACGCAACAAACCGCGUUCUCUGUUGAAAGUAUAAUGCGUUACAAUAUCAAUAAAUGAUGAAUAUACAGUA